GUGCCAGAAGCAUCGUUGCAAUUAUGAUUGGCAACCUGAAAGGCAUGGAGAUCUUGCACCGGAUUGAGAGUGGCUUGAAAGUGACUAUGGUCAUUGAACUGGGGAAGAAGCACGGCCCAUGGAUAAAUCAGUACUCCAUCUUCUUCAUCUCCGUGUCAUUUUUCAUUGUCACCGCAGCAACCAUGGGCUACUUUAUUUUUUAUUCUCUUCGGAGACUCAGGAUUGCAAGACACCAGUCCAAGAAUCAGCAACAACUAAAGGCCAGGGCCAAGAAGGCCAUUGAACAGUUAGAGCUGCGCACCCUGAAGCAAGGGGACAAGGAAACUGGUCCUGACGAAGACACCUGUGUCGUGUGCAUGGAGCUGUACAAGCCCAACGAAGUCGUGCGUGUUCUGACUUGCAACCAUCUCUUCCAUAAGAACUGCAUCGACCCUUGGCUUCUGGAACACAGGACAUGCCCGAUGUGCAAAUGUGACAUACUCAAAGUUUUGGGAGUUGAGAUGGAUGUGGAAGAAGAGGCUGUGUCUGUGCAAGCCACAGUAUCCAGUGGGACAUCAAAUGUCUCUACAGUUAAUGAAGAGGAUAAUCAUAGUGAAACAGCAUCAUCUGGAUAUGCUUCUGUGCAAGGAGCAGAUGAGUCUGUUCUGGAGGAACAUGCACCAUCAGAAAAUGACAACAUGCAACUUGUAAACAACGAGUCCCAGCCCUCCGCUAUCGAUGUCCUUCCACACGCUGACAACCCAAGUUUUGAGGCAGAUGAAACACAAGUUCCUGAAGUCAGUUCCUAAGAACACGCCCAGCAACCUGGUGUAAGCCUUCUGCAGGGAGCUACCUCCUUCCAU